GCACUGCGAGCACACGCGAAACCCCGAGGCCCGCAACGAUGAAGACCUACAACAUCGAAAACGAGCACAACGUCACCACUACGGUCGUGAAGAUCGACAACGACCUCGACACGGACGACGCCAUGGCCCUCGUGAGCUUCUUCGUCUUCAUGUUCGCCCUCAUCCUGCUGGGCCUGCUCAUCUACUACGGGUCGAGCCUGAAACUCUGGUGGCGCCAGUCGGUCGUCUUCCCCAUCCGGCGCCUCUGCUGCGAGAAGGAGCGGAAGCGGCUCUGGCGCCUCCACAAGGACGCGGUGAUCCGCGCGGACCGCGCGCUCGCGGGGGCGCGCGAGAGCGACCCGUCGCUCCUCGAGGAGGCGCCGUCGUCCGAGGACCCCCUGGAGCGCGCCCUCGACUCGCUCGUGGGCCUCGAGCCGCUCAAGGAGGAGAUCCGCGCGCUGCGGCGCACGCUCGUCGUCGAGCAGCAGCGGCGGAACGUGCUGAAUCUGGGCGGCGACGGCAAGAAGCGCAAGGCCGCGCGCGUGUCCGCGCCCCACAUGGUCUUCCGGGGCUCGCCGGGCACGGGCAAGACCCACGCCGCGCGCCUCAUCUCCCAGCUCCUCAAGGAGCUCGGCUACGUCCACGGCGACAUCGUCGAGGUGCAGCGCGCCGACUUGGUCGCGGGCUACGUGGGCCAGACGGCGCUCAAGACGCGCGCGGUCAUCAACCGCGCCAAGGGCGGCGUCCUCUUCGUCGACGAGGCCUACGCGCUGACGCCGGGCACGUCCGCGGCGGCCGGCCGCGACUUCGGGGCGGAAGCGGUGCAGGAAUUGAUGCGCGACCUCACGUCCGGCGACCCCGUCGUCAUACUGGCGGGCUACCCCCGGGAGAUGGAGCGUUUUCUGAACGUGCGCUUCACCUUUGCGGACUACUCGAUCCAGCAGCUCGCGGCCAUCUUCGUGAAGAUCGCGGACCGCAACGGCUUCCGCCUCGGCCGCGACUGCUCCGCGGCGCACCUCGAGCACGUGCUCUCGACGCACUUCCCGGAGAGUUUGUGCCGCAAGUGGAACGGCGGCCUGCCCGAGGGCCUCUUCCGCCGCGCGCAGGACGCGCUCGCGAAGCGGCUCAACGUGCUCACGAUGUCGGCCGAGGCCGCGCUCACGCUCACGUCCGCGGACGUCGUCGCGGGGGCGAAGAUCCUCGCGGCGACGCUCGGCGGCGACGACAUGGCCCGGCCGCCGGCGCCGCGCCGCGCGCCGCGCGUCGCGCCGCCGGGCGCGCCCGUGGCGAUGCCGCGGCCGCCCGCGCCGCGCGCCGCGGCGCCGGACGACGACGACGACAUGCGACGUUGCCACGGCUCCGCUUAUUGCUCUCCAGACUUGUACUACCCAUGUGUCAACGCUAUUCAUCAACAACGGACUUCCAGGACUCGAGGGGGAAAUUAUGCGUCAUUAUAUUUAUUGGCAACUUUGUGCGAUCUUCUGACAUGGGCCAUGAGGGUUCAAUCAUUGAGAAACAGUGCCGCCUUUUCGGUGAACUUGGAGCAUGCCUCUGUUCACCAGAUUUUGAUCUUGGUUGUAGAUCACUUGCCAGCCUAGUGGAAUUUGUCUUUAUCCCAGGGCCAGGCGACUGUGUGCUUGGCCCGUCUUCUGUGUUGCCACGGUCAAAGCUCUUGGAGAAGAUCACCAAACCACUUGCUGAUCGCGUUCGCGCAAGACAAGGUGAUGGCAAACUUACAGCCCCCUAGGAUGCUCAAUGUAGGCACCUCGCUGACAUGCACCACCUCACCAACACGCUUCCGCUACGGUUCAGGCAAGGAACUGGUUGUACACCGCGAUGAUAUCCUGGGAAGACUACAGCAAGUGUCUGCGCAUGUUCCCCCAAAGAGCAGUAAGGACACUCUCGCAAACGCCACUGCAGACCUCGCGAAGACCAUUCUUGAUCAAGGCCACCUUGCGCCUGCUACAUCACAAAAUCAGCCAAUACUGUGGAAUUAUGAUCACACACUGCGGCUCUACCCACCACCCAGCACUAUUUGCCUUGGUGAUGAUACGGCGCCUGCUUUCGACACGACAUACGCCAUGACAAGGGUUUUCAACCCUGGCAAUUUUACAACUGAAGGCACGUUUGUGCUCUUUCACCCGGACUCCGGUGGGAAUACUUUCCAACCACACGGUGCCGCGGUUGGUAAAAUGCGGGGCCGUGGCUGAGUUCCAGACAGGUCGAGGCGGCUUUUGGCUACAGCCUGAGAGCGGCCCCGCCUGACCUUGAAAGCACCCUUGUGGUGAAUUUG